CUGCUGUCAAUCACACCUUUCCAUGAAUCCGCUUCUACAUCGCCAUCAUUUGAUGCUCAACGGACCCAGCCGUCUAAAGCAUUACGUUAGAUUAUGUUAUUUUCAUUUUUCAUGAUAUAAAUAUACAAAUAGCAUUAAAUCGAUAUACAUGCUUCAGCAGAAGAGCGCAUAAUGUUUUAGACGGCUUAUUUCAUGACGGAAAACAAUGGGCUGUGUCCAAUGCAAGGACAAAGAGGCGACCAAACUGACGGACGAACGAGAGAACAGCAUCACUCAGCACUCGGGGUACCGCUAUGGUUCUGAUCCCACGCCUCAGCACUACCCCAGCUUUGGCGUCACCGCCAUCCCCAACUACAACAACUUCCACACCCCCGUCAGUCAAGGGGUGACAGUGUUUGGGGGCGUUAACUCUUCCUCCAAUACCGGCACCCUACGCUCCAGGGGUGGGACAGGAGUGACCCUGUUUGUAGCACUUUAUGACUAUGAAGCCAGGACAGAGGAGGACCUCAGCUUCCGAAAGGGAGAGAAGUUUCAGAUACUCAACAGCACGGAGGGGGACUGGUGGGAUGCUCGGUCCCUUAACACAGGUGGAACGGGCUACAUUCCCAGCAACUAUGUGGCUCCAGUCGACUCCAUCCAGGCAGAGGACUGGUACUUUGGUAAAUUAGGCCGCAAGGAUGCGGAGAGACAGCUUCUCUGCAAUGGCAACCCCAGAGGCACAUUUCUAAUAAGGGAGAGCGAAACCACCAAAGGGGCCUACUCAUUAUCCAUCCAGGACUGGGAUGACGUAAAGGGAGAUCACGUGAAACACUACAAAAUACGCAAACUGGACAACGGGGGAUAUUACAUCACCACUCGGGCUCAGUUUGAGACCCUCCAGCAGCUAGUGCAUCACUACUCAACCAGGGCCGCCGGGCUGUGUUGCCGCCUGAUCGUCCCCUGCCACAAAGGCAUGCCCCGGCUCGCAGACCUGUCCGUCAAGACCAAAGACGUUUGGGAGAUCCCACGGGAAUCUCUGCAGCUGAUCAAGCGGCUGGGAAAUGGCCAGUUUGGGGAAGUCUGGAUGGGUACAUGGAAUGGCACGACCCAGGUGGCAGUGAAAACUCUGAAGCCGGGGACCAUGUCCCCCGAGUCCUUCCUGGAGGAGGCUCAGAUCAUGAAGAAACUGAGGCAUGACAAGCUGGUGCAGCUCUACGCCGUGGUGUCUGAGGAGCCCAUCUACAUCGUCACUGAGUACAUGGGCCAAGGAAGUUUACUCGAUUUCUUGAAGGAUGGGGAGGGACGGGGGCUUAAACUCCCAAAUUUAGUGGACAUGGCAGCUCAGGUGGCAUCUGGCAUGGCUUAUAUUGAGAGGAUGAACUACAUCCACAGAGACCUACGGUCAGCUAACAUCCUGGUUGGUGACAGCCUGGUGUGCAAGAUUGCUGACUUUGGGCUAGCCAGACUGAUUGAGGACAAUGAGUACACAGCUCGGCAAGGUGCGAAGUUCCCCAUCAAGUGGACUGCCCCGGAGGCAGCUCUCUAUGGAAGGUUCACCAUUAAAUCUGACGUCUGGUCCUUUGGGAUACUACUCACAGAGCUGGUAACCAAGGGAAGAGUGCCAUACCCAGGCAUGAACAACCGUGAGGUUCUGGAGCAGGUGGAGCGAGGCUACCGGAUGCCGUGUCCCCAGGACUGCCCAGUCUCCCUCCACGAGCUGAUGAUCCUGUGCUGGAGGAGGGAACCUGAGGAGAGGCCCACCUUCGAGUACCUCCAAGCCUUCCUUGAGGACUACUUCACUGCCACCGAGCCCCAGUACCAACCUGGAGACAAUCUCUAAAGCCGCUCUCCCCCCAAAAAGGCGCUCUCUCUUUUGUAUUAUUACUGCUACUAUACUUAUGAUUAUUCUAUUGAUUUAAAACUUGACUGGCUCUCUAACGGGGACAAGGACCCUUCUAAACGUGACAGAGGCUUCCAUAUUUCUCAUCGAUCUCAUUGCUGUGAAAAUGAAAAAGUACAGAGACUCCAUCUUCUGACAUGAUGACGUGCAACAAUGUUAUUGGGAGACACAAUCUCUGUGGCUUCACCCUUCACCCCCAGUGUUUUAAGAGGAACUCAAUGUGAACCUUUGUAUACUUGUUUUGCCUUGUUUACUGUACCUUAGUUUAUUGUUUGCAACACUUCUCACGCUCCUUGCCCAGAUUAUUCCGCAAUUGUAAAGCAUUAAAAAGCAUGGAUCGG